UUAAAGUUUCACAUGAGAAUUCAUACAGGAGAGAAGCCGUUCACGUGUGAUCAGUGCGGGAAGAGCUUCACACAAUCAUCACAGCUUAAGAACCACAUGAGGAUCCACACGGGAAAGAAGCCAUUCACAUGUGAUCAGUGUGGAAGGUGUUUCUCACAAUCAUCAAGCCUUAAAAUUCACAAUAGCAUCCACACUGGAGAGAAGCCAUUCACAUGUGAUCAAUGCAGAAAAACAUUUAUUACAGCAUCCGCCCUAAAGAAACACAUGAAAGUUCAUACAAAGGAGAAGCCAUAUUCAUGUUUUGUAUGUGGAAAGAGUUUUUCAACGUUGUCUUAUUUACGUGCACAUCAGAAAAUUCAUACUGGUGUGAGAGAUCAUGUGUGCUCUGACUGUGGGAAGACUUUUGUUUUUAUGAGUGAUUUAAAAGAACACCAGAGAAUUCACACUGGAGAAAAACCUUACAAGUGUUCAUACUGUGACAAGAGAUUCAGACAGUCAUCAACUCUGAAAACACAUGAGCGCAUCCACACCAAAGAGAAGCCCUGUAGAACGAGUCAGAACGAGUCAGGUGAAGCCAGGGCUCGACAUUAA